AUGCCUGGAAGCGAGUUCCGCUCUCACAAUUCUAGCCGCCGUCCACAACAGCCUACCACCUAUCAUCAGCAGCGACAGAACAACGGCAACAACUGGCCAGCACAGCGUACUCAAACCCAGGUCGCCCAGACCGGAGGCCAGGCCCGCCCCGUCAGGAACUUGCCAGCCAUGCCGGUGAAGCACACCAACGUCACGAAGCCCCAGAUGGGAUACGUGUCGAUUCCCGAGCCCAUGAGCGCUGAGGUCCAGCGUGUCAAGUCUACUCGGGCCCACAAGCCAGCUCCUAUCAAGGUCCAGCAGGCGACUAACGUCCACAGGCCGCAAAUAGUGCACCACCAACCCGUCUUCCCCCAGAUGGCCCAGAUUGCCCAGGUCGUCCAGCCGGUGCGUCGGGACAGUAAUGGCAUUUCUGAGUGUGGUAGCGCCGAUGGUGACUCCCCAGGGUGGAGGAACCACGCAGUCUCGCCUCGAGCCGUCUCGCCGCUCCAUGAGACCUACCAGUAUCAGUCCUGGCCCAUGGCUAGAUAG